AUCGAGGCCCCGCCCCCUAGACUUUUGGUAACGACGCGAGGGGCUUGAGUAUCGCGCGCGGCAAGACGACGAACCAGUUGGGAUGGCCACCGGCUGGGGAAGCCUCUUGCAGGAUGAGCAGCAGCUGGAGGAGCUGGCUCGGCAGGCUGUGGACCGGGCCCUGGCUGAGGGAGUGCUGCUGAGAACCUCGCAGGAGCCCAGUUCCUCUGACGUGGUAAGCUAUGCCCCAUUCACGCUCUUCCCCUCACUGGUCCCCAGUUCCCUGCUGGAGCAGGCCUAUGCCGUGCAGAUGGACUUUAACAUGCUGGUGGAUGCUGUCAGCCAGAAUGCUGCCUUUCUGGAGCAGACUCUCUCCAGCACCAUUAAAAGGGACAACUUCACUGCUCGCCUCUUUGACAUCUACAAGCAAGUCCUGAAAGAAGGCAUUGCCCAGACUGUGUUCCUGGGCCUGAAUCGCUCAGACUACAUGUUCCAGCGCAAUGCAGAUGGCUCCCCAGUGCUGAAACAGAUUGAAAUCAACACCAUCUCUGCCAGCUUUGGGGGCCUGGCCUCCCGCACACCAGCUGUGCACCGACAUAUUCUCAAUGUCCUGAGUAAGACCAAAGAAGCUGCCAAGAUCCUCUCCAAUAAUCCCAGCAAGGGACUGGCCCAGGGGAUCACCAAAGCCUGGGAGCUCUAUGGCUCAGCCAAGUAAGAGGAAGAAAAAAUGGUAGCAGAAUCCUACUUGAGAUUCAGCAUUUGUGGGUGCACUGCAGCAACUUCUUUGCCUGAUGUCAUUAGGAAAUGAGGGAUUUCUUUCUGGAAAUAGAAGCUUAUACUUUUAAGUGCCAAAAUUAUUUUAAUGGAGUUUCUGGGCUUUCUCCUUAAAUAAGGGAUGCAAACUAUAAUUUAAUUUUGUUGACCAGAGGUCAUGAUUAUCUGCUAAUGAUUACAUUACCAUCAGUGACCACAUCGUGAUGGAAUGCAGAGGUGCUAUCUAGACUUAUAGAGCCAUGUGAGGCUGUUUACCUGAACUAAUGACCCCAAUGGUUAGGCUUUAAACUCAUUCCUUUUCUUCCCAGUUUUUCUGUUUCCCUACUAUCAGUUCUUACUUCAUACUACUGUCAGUGUGCUUGAAUUUGGAAUCCUCCAUUCCCAUCCCUGUACCUCCUUUCUGAUUUGCUGUGGUUUGGGAAAGCAAGUGGUCUGAUGAGUAAAUGCAUAAGCUUUGACUUAGGGAUUUAGUGGUGUCUGUUGUAACUGCUUAGAGGCAUUUUUUGCUUCCUUCCUAUUUCUCAACCAUGUUCCAGAUGUGUAAAGAUGCCAGGUAAGUGACUUCACUAUAUAUGGGGGGGGGACUGU